AUGAAGCAAACUCCUAAGAUGAGUUAAGCGAGUAGUCCAAAUAAUAAACUAAUCAAUACAUUAUUAUUGAAAUCGAAAAGCCCAUCUUAAUAUACAAUUUAAAGUCCCGCUGUAUCUCCAACUUAAGUGAGUUUGCCAAAAGCCCUUUACCCUCAUAAAAAUUCAUCAAUAGAUUUAACUAAAUUAGCUACAUUAAUGAAACAGUAGAAAGUGAAAUAAUCAUAAUCAGAGGGAUCAAAAGAUUCAAUGACUCAAUUAAUAGCCAAAGCUCGUGCAAUUGCUAUGUCAGCUAAAACUCCAACAGGUCCUAUUCAUAUUAGAAAUGACUCCGCUUAAGUACGUAAAGUGAAUAAAGAGACUGAAGUAGUAAGUCCAAAAACUACAGAUAUGAAAUAAAUCAAUAAAUCAGCUUUUACAUUUGAAUAUGUAAUUGGUAUUGGUGGAUUUGGUAAAGUUUGGAAAGUUAAAAGAACAGGACAAUAAUUUGCUAUGAAAGAAAUGUCAAAAGCUUUAGUAAUUACUAAAAAAAGUGUUAAUUCUGUUAUGAAUGAAAGAAUGUUACUCAGCUAACUUAAGCAUACAUUUCUUAUUAAUAUGUAUUAUGCAUUUUAAGAUCGUGAAAAUCUUUAUCUCGUUAUGGAUUAUAUGUGUGGAGGGGAUUUACGAUUUCAUAUAGGAAGAAUGAGACGAUUUAAUGAAGAAUAAACUAGUAAGUAUAUUAUAAUAUUUUAGAGUUCUUUGUAGCAUCUAUUUUUAUAGGUCUCGAGUAUUUACAUACAAAUAAUAUAAUUCAUAGAGACAUUAAACCAGAAAACUUAGUUCUUGAUGAGAAAGGAUUUGUACAUCUCACAGAUCUCGGAAUUGCACGUGUUAUGAAAUAAGAAAAUUCAAGUGAUACAUCUGGAACUCCUGGUUAUAUGGGUAUUUAUUAAUUAUAUAAAUAUAAACAAGCACCUGAAGUUAUGUGUCGAUAAAAUCAUACAUUUGCUGUUGAUUAUUAUGCUCUUGGUGUUAUUGCAUAUGAGUUUAUGUUAGGAAGAGUAAUAAUAUAUUCUCUAUUUAUAUAUUAUAGCGUCCUUAUGUUGGUAGAUCUCGCCAAGAGAUUCGUGAUUAAAUUCUUGCUCGACAAGUCUAAAUCAAAGCUAGUGAAGUACCUCCAAAUUGGAGUGUUGAAGCUGUUGAUUUUGUUAAUAGAUUACUUUAACGUAAACCUGUAAGUCGUCUCGGUUUCAAUGGUGGCCAUGAAAUCAAAUUACAUCCCUGGUUUAAAAAUUUCCCAUGGUCAAAACUAUAAAAUAGAGAAUUAAAAGCUCCGUUCAUUCCUAAUCCUAGUGAUGAUAACUUUGAUUAAAGAUAAAUUGUCAUUGAAGAUGAAGAAAAUGCUGAACUCAUUGCUUAAAAUAUUCAAUUGUUAAGAGAUCCCAAUGUUUAAUAAUAAUUUGCAGGUUAUGAAUAUCAAGCAAACAAUGAAAAGAUCUUUGUCUUUGAUUAAACAAAAUAAUCAUGA